AUGGCCAUUUGCUCCUACUUCUACGAAGCGAUGCCCGAGGGCAUCCAGGUCGAGCGCGUGGAACGCUGGGAGAACCAGGCAGUUCGUGUGGGCCUAGGGCCGGCGGAGGAGGUGGAGCUGUGGCUUUUCCACGGGACCGAUGCGGUGGACGCCGUCCUGGAGAACGGCUUCCGCAUCAGCCACGCUCAGCUCGACAGCCGACACAACCGCUACGGUGUAGGCGUUUACUUUGCGCGCGACCCGCGCUUGGCGCACCACUUCGCGCAGAUGAGCAAAUCUGGUAAGCAGACAGAGAUCUGUCAGGUGAUCCUGGCCCGUGUGGUGGUGGGCCGCUGCGCCCUGAAAGCGCCGUUGAAAGAUCAACGGCAACUGCUUCGGCCCGAGCACCGGGAACCACCCACAGGCUUCCACUCCUGCACCAGCAACUCCGCCCCCGGCCGCGAAGUGGUGGUCUUCCCCGGCAGCCCCGGCACGCCGGCCUACCCGGCCUACGUCAUCACUUAUCGCAUGCCGCGCGACUCCACGCGCAGCACCAGCUUGGGCAACCCCUACCGCGAGCAGCUUCUGCGCGUGGACUUUGAGGAUCGCGCCAGUUCACAGGCCUUUCACCGCUAUCAGCACCACUGGCGUGCGACCCUUCCACGCGAGCUCCGCGCUGAACGCGCUGAACGCGCCGACGGAUCGGCGGUCCGGAAGGCUGGUCAGGUGCCACAGCCCCUCUCGCGGAGAAACAGCUGCGAAGAACGAAGGCCCGCGACACAGCGUCUCGCGUCCAAGCGUCCCAGCUCCGCGCCCAGGAUGUCACGGCGCCCGGGCGCGGAGCGGCCGGCGGAGCCGGAGCCGUUGGAGGAGCCGGUCCCCUCAAUUGCAGCGCCGGAGACACAGGAGGCCCCAAAGGAGGUGCCAGUGAAAACCCUUUGGAUCUUCGACGAGGAGAAGUCACAGAAAGGUGUGGAGGUGGAAGUUCCAUUGAGCUGUCAGGCCCGAAGGAUGCAUAUGGGCCUUUGUGGCAUGAGUGUGGUCACUCCGUUGGCAACUUCAAGCCAAGACGUGUUUGGAAGAGCUACCAGCUUCUCCGAUGUCUGCGACACAAAGCCUUCCUGCAACUUCCGGAUGAGAUGGAGCUCUUGUGGAAGAUGUUGGGCGUCGCAGGAUUUCGUUUCCCGGCGGCGCUUGGAAUCCUCUUGGCAAGACCUGUCGUGCGAGGACGUUGUCCAUGAGCUCAAGGUGAUCGUCCAGGAUGCUGUACGGAAAGCCUGCAAGGGAGGAAAUGCAGGCCAUACCAAAAGGGCCGGCUGGGCCAACUCAUCAUCGCACAGAUCGUGCUUCAGAAGUCCUGGGCCUGUAGCAAUUGCUCAUCGUGGCAACUUGCGGAACAAGAUCUUUCCAAGGCCCUUCCAAAGCCUGGUCGACAAGCUCUUGCAGGAAACGUUGGAAUGA